CAACGUCAACUCGAUAAAUAUAUAAACAUAUAUAUCGGUAUAUAUCCGGUUACCAAGAUGGCAUCACAGGUAUACGAAUUUCAUGUAGAAAUGACAUGUGAAGGAUGUGCCAAUGCUGUAACAAAUGUACUCAAUAAAAAGCAAGGUGUUGAUAAUGUAGAGAUUGAUUUAAAAGGUAGAAAGGUAUUAGUAACAUCCACGCUUUCUUCCGAUGAAGUAUUACAAGUUAUUAAGAAAACUGGAAAGGUAUGCCAACUAUUAGAACUGAAGAAAUAAUUGUUUUUAGAAUUAUCAAAUUAAACACAAUCCUGUAUAUAAGCAUCGUGUGAGUUUUCAAAUUAUAUAUAAAAAAUAUU